UAUACUUCAUCAUUAUCAGUAGUUCUGCCCUUGCUGUAUCUCCACGGACCCAGCUGUGUAAGAUUCCGCCGUUCGUGACUAUCUCGAUCCGGGAUGCUUCUAUUUUAGCUACAAUAUUUAUAGUGCACCUUUAAGACGAGCGCUGCGCAGUGGAAGAAUGUUGACUCCUCUGUGCUCCCGUAGUUAUGAAAGUGAAGUAAACCAGGAAGCGGAAAAGGAAGUAUGGUUUCUUGGAAGUUAUUUUUCAACUUCUGUUUCGAUUUUUAAGGCAUUUCGCCCCGGGAAAUCAAGAUGUGAGGACGUGCCGGGAUUUGUAGUUUUCUAAGCAGCAAUACAUCUUGAUAUGUCAAAGGCGAGGCAACAGCUUGGAAAAUACUACUCCCGUGAUGCUUUUCGGAGGCAUCCUCCUCUCCCUGGCUACGGCGGUAUCCGAGAGCGGGGGACCCAGCCGAGUCGCUCCGCCGGGAAGAGGGCGAGUUCGCUACUGAGCAUGGAGCGCGACCCCGCAUGAUCGGAAACUUGGCCAGUCGCUCGUUCUCGUUUCUCGUGAUCUGGCCUGCUCUUUUGAGGCUGAGGAUGAAGAUGAAAGGAAAGGUGGGGCCUUCCCUCCAGGAUCCUGAUAAGGAAAAGAUGAACAAGGUAAAGGUUGAUGAGGAAGAAUAUUGGAACAGUUCCAAAUGUAAGGCCUUUACUUUUGAUGAUGAAGAUGAUGAGCUGCUUCAGUUGAAGGAGUCCAAGCGAACAGUCAGUAGCCUUCCAAAUAUUGUAGAUGAUGACGAUGACCUUGAAAGGUUCAGCUGGAGUGGGGAACCUGUGGGCAGCAUUUCGUGGUCAAUCAAAGAGACUGCCUCCAGCAGCAGUAGCAGCAGUACCUCUGAAGGGAGGGAUCUUAGUCAGCAAAAGGGCUCUUCCCAUGCGGCUAUACCCAAGCAAUCCUCUUCUUACUCACUGAGCAGCUUUUUUAAAGGAAGAAACAAACAUGGGAGCUUUCAGUCGCUUUCAGAUGCUCUUACAGACACAGGAUUUAAAAAUUAUGCUCCAGAAUUACGCAGACCAAAAGCAGAUUAUAAGGAUUACAAUUCUGAUUGGAGUCCUAUUGAUACAGUAAGACGGCUGCAGAGAGGCAAGGUGUGCUCCUUGGAAAGGUUCCAUUCCUUGCAGGACAAGUUGCUGCUGCUGGAUGAAGCUGUUGCAUUGCAUGAUGGGAAUGUUAUUACAGCUAUACUAAUUUUUCUGAAAAGAACCUUAAAGAAAGAGAUCCUGUUCAGAGAGCUGGAGAUGCGGCAAGUUGCCUUGCGCCAUUUAAUACAUUUUCUCAAGGAAACUGCGGACCAAAAGCUUCUCCUAGACCUGUUAAGAUUCCUGGACAGGACUGAGGAGGUUGCACUGACCCAGUACCGGGAGCAUCUAACUAUCUCGGAUGCCGAGAAAAGAAAAGAGUUUCUGAAAAGUUGCAUUGGGUUGCCCUUUUCAUCAGAGGAUGCUGCUCAUGUUCAGGAUCAUUAUACACUCCUGGAAAGGCAGAUCAUCAUUGAGGCAAAUGACAAACCUUUAGAGUCAUCUGGACAGACAGAAAUCUUUCGAAAAUACCCUCGAAAAGCUUCCAUUCUAAACAUGCCAUUGGUCACUACGCUUUUCUACUCCUGCUUCUACCAUUACACAGAGACUGAGGGGACAUUCAGUAGUCCAGCAAACUUGAAGAAAACUUUCAAGAUUCCAGACAAACAGUAUGUGCUAACAGCUCUGGCUGCUCGUGCCAAACUCCGAGCUUGGCAUGAUGUGGAUGCUUUGUUCACAACAAAGAAUUGGUUAGGCUAUACAAAAAAAAGAGCUCCUAUUGGUUUCCAUCGGGUGGUGGAGAUCUUGCAGCGGAACAAUGCCCCAGUGCAGGUCCUGCAGGAGUAUGUGCGUUUAGUAGAAGAUAUUGAGACAAAGUUGAAUCUUGCUUUGAAAUACAAGUGCCAUGAUGUUGUUAUAGAUACAUACAAAGACUUGAAGGAUCGUCAGCAGCUGAUGGCAUACAGAUGUAAAGUUGAACGGGGUUCUCCAGCAGAGGAGAAGAUUGAUGAUGUCCUCAGUAACCCACAGAUCCGGUGGAAGAACUGAGAGAUACUCCCUUCUUUUGGAAGCGUUUCAUUUUGGCCCAAUGAGGUCAAAGAGGAAGGUUGCCAAGCCAGUUCUGCAUUGAUUUCAGUCCAUUGUCUAGCUUGCCUGUUGCCUCUGGAUGCUGCCUCUGAAGCCUUCACUGAAAGAGACAUCUUAGGUAUUGAGUUGGCCAAAAGAGAGAUUUAGGCAAUGGGCCACAAAUCUGAAAAGCUGAACUUCAAGUAUAAACAUAUGAGGAAUAAAACAACAUUACACAAAGGGAAGCAUAUCUGAGUCAAGAACUUAAUGCUUCCACUUCUGUUCACUGUCUAGUCAUCUGAAAUGAUCAGGACAGCUUUCCAUAGGAAAAAAAAUAUCUACUGUAUAAUAAUUGCUGCCAGUUCUUUCCCCUCAUCCAAACCUACGGGGUGAGACUGUUGUUCUUAAUGGGAUUAAAACUCUCUUCCGAACAUUAUUUUUGUGUCCGUUACUAAUUAACCAGGAUAACUACUUGGGAAAUGCUGCAUAAGAUUCUUAAGGAUAAGCCUACUUACAUUCCCCUCUUCAGAUCUUGGAGUGUUAACUUCAUGGCUUUUCAGCCAAUGAGAACGUGAGUUCAGUUCUAGAUUGAAACUACCAAUUUUGCUAUAGGGUGUGCUGAACAAAUCAAAUUAUAUUUUCUCUCAAGGUCUAAUGAAAACACUUUUCCCUUGGUAGUUAUGCUUCAAGGUUUGUUAACAAAUCUACAUCCUCUUUCUAGGCUUCACGUUAUCCUUCACUUUCCACAUCUGUAAAUAAAGCUUUAUCUCCUUUA